UUUCCGAUAACAAACUCAGUAAUCAGACCGAGAUAGAGGCAUAGAGCAGAGCGGCUAUGUGACGGCCACACAUGGCCUGCGCUUCCGCUUCCUUCACCUUCAAACCGCUGCAAAAGGCUCAGCUUCACCUCUCUUCCUUCUCCUACUGUAAGUAUUCAUCAAUGCUCAACCCUUUUAAGAUCUACACCUCAUAUUUCCCUUCAACCAAGCUCACACUUGAAGUUGAAACACAUGUUACUCGCUUGGAAACAGACCGAGAAAUCUCAAGAAUCAUACCGCGUAGCGUAAAUUGUAGAGAAAAUGGUUCUGGGUUGUCUUCUUUUACUUCUAAAGUUAGCAGGUUUAGUAGAAAACAUUCAAAAAAUAAUCAUGCAGUAGAAAAUGUUGAGAAAAGGGUCGUAUUAAAAGAAGGGCAUGGGGUAAAUGGGUUAAAUUCACGAAAAAGAGGGGAAUUAAGCCCUGAAAUUUCUAUUGUUAAAUCCAAAAAUGGGUCUUCUGGAAAGAAGGAUGAGAAAAGUAGGAGGGUAGAGCAAAAAUCAAGAAAGAAUGAUGGCAAGGAGGUAGCAAUAGAGGAGCAAAGGGAAAAAGGAUCUAGUAAAGGUAAGGUACACUCACCAGAAGCUAAGUUGAGGCUAGGGUUGGAUAUGUGCUCGAAAAGAGGGGAUUUUUUGGGGGCAAUUAGGCUGUAUGAGUUGGCUAGGAAGGAGGGAGUAAGAAUUGGGCAGUACCAUUAUUCUGUGCUUCUGUAUCUUUGUUCUUCUGCGGCUACUGGUUUUCUGCAGCCUGCAAAAAGCGGGAGUGGUAGUAGGAGUUUGAACCCGUUAGAAUCAAAGGAGGUUAGUAGUGUGGGGUUUGAAGAUAAUAGUGAAUUUUCCCGAAUGGAAAAUAGAAAACCUUAUGGAGGAGAGAAUGGUUUGACAGUAGAUAGCUCUUUGGAAAAUAAUUUGCAACAUAAUUCUCAAAGUACGUUUAGUUGGAGUGAAUUGUUGAGCACGCCUUUGGACUCUUCUCCUCAAACUCUAGAUGAAUUAGUUCAGUUGAUGAAGACUAGUGUCAAGCCUUCUGAGGUAAAAGAUGCAAGGGAUCAACAGGAAGGCUAUGUAAUUCAAGUAGGCCAAGAUGUCAAGAGCUUUGCACUUCGAAAGGGUUUUGAAAUAUGUGAGUUGAUGCGUUUAGAAAAGGUUCCAAUGAAUGAGGCGACUUUCACAUCCAUGGCUAGACUGGCAAUGUCUUUAGGCGAUGGUGAUAAGGCAUUUGAUGUGGUGAAGCAAAUGAAGGAAUGCGGGAUAGAUCCAAGACUACGAUCCUAUGGUCCUGCUCUUAGUGUUUUCUGCAAUAGCGGAGAUGUUGAGAAAGCAUUCAUGGUUGAAGGACAUAUGCUGGAGAAUGGGGUUUAUCCAGAGGAGCCUGAACUAGAAGCACUGUUGAAACUAAGUGUUGAGGCUAAAAGGAGUGACAAGGUCUAUUAUUUAUUGCAUAAACUUAGAAUGAGUGUUAGGCAGGUUUCUCCUUAUACUGCUGAUUUGAUUGAGGAAUGGUUUCAUAGUAAGGCUGCUUCUGGAGCGGGAAAAAGAAAAUGGGAUCAAAGAUUAAUUAGGAAAGCAAUUGAAAAUGGAGGUGGAGGUUGGCAUGGACAAGGCUGGUUGGGAAAUGGAAAAUGGACUGUGUUGCGUACAUCCGUGGGGUCUGAUGGCUUCUGUAAAUGUUGUGGUGAACAAUUAGCAACCAUUGACCUAGAUCCUGAAGAAACCGAGAAUUUUGCCAAAUCAGUCGCAUCUAUAGCGUCACAGAGAGAGAAGAAUUUAAAUUUUCAGAAAUUUCAAAAAUGGCUCGACGACCAUGGACCUUUUGAAGCAGUUGUUGAUGGAGCAAAUGUUGGUCUCUUCAGCCAAGGAAAAUUUCAACCAUCUAAGGUCAAUGCUGUUGCGAAUGGAAUUCGUCAGAUGCUUCCUUCUAAAAGAUGGCCUCUUAUAAUCUUGCAUAAUAGACGAGUUUCUGGUGAUAUGAUGCGCAAACCAUUAAACAAGGCACUUGCACAGAAGUGGAGAACUGCUGAUGCACUCUAUGAAACACCUACCGGUUCAAAUGAUGAUUGGUACUGGUUAUAUGCAGCUAUAAAGUUCAGAUGCUUAAUGGUGACAAAUGAUGAAAUGAGAGAUCAUUUGUUUCAAUUACUUGGAAAUGACUUUUUCCCUAAAUGGAAAGAGCGACAUCAGGUGCAUUUCGGUUUCUCGGAAAUAGGUCCAGUAUUUCACAUGCCUCCCCCAUAUUCUGUUGUAAUCCAGGAGUCAGAAAAAGGUCACUGGCACAUUCCAAUCGCAUCAGAGCUUGAAUCUGAAAGGGAUAGGACCUGGUUAUGUGUUACACGGGCUAACCCACACACGACAGGGAAGAAUUCUCCUAAUGUAUCCAAAGAAACAGAAGUUCCAAGCCAUAAGGAGAAAGAUGCAAGCUCAAGUACUCAAAAGAAAACUCGAAAAGAAGUGACUAGAAGGAAGCAUGGCAACAAUGAGAUUAGUCCAGAGGUACCCAAAGAGACGUGUGCAAAUCUAAAAGGUGUUGAUGUUCUACAAUCAUCGAGAUCUCCAAAUCAGAAAAUGGUUCGUCAAGAACUUGAGGCUGCAGAGACGCUUGGCAGCUGCACGAUUGAUUUCCAAAUAUAAUGUAUGUGACCGAGGCCUGCCUUCAGAAUCAUCGGGACCUUGUUUGGCACUUGAGCUGACAAAGAAAAUCUGAUCAACAGUUUCACGAUUUUGAUCCUCCUCUUGCCUUCGGUCACCCUAUAAACAACCCUAACCGAAUGAGCUGACUACAAUUCUGCAAUGUUCUUCAUUAGCGAGAAUAUCUUUUUCCACCAUAGCCGUAACGAGGUAGGAGUGUGGAUGCUGCUGAAGAAAGAGGUUCCUCCAGCGUCUCAAAUUUCACCUGUGUUUAAGUUGAGGGAAAAUUGUAUCUGUAAUUCUCUUCUGCAAAAUCCCUUGUAAAUCACUACUUCAUUCACCCUCUGCAAUCCUCUCUCUUACUGUUGCAUAGAGUAUUUUAUUGUGCUCUAAAUCAGCAAAACACAGCCUGUUUUGGCUCAUGGCGUGUUCCCUUGUAACCUAAGACAGUGGAAGUUGCAUUUUCUGUUUUGGUUGUUUCGAGGCUGGAAAUUAUGAUUUCUGAGCUGCCAUUUUUAUAA